AUGAGCUUGGGACUACAGAUUCUCCCUUACCUGAGCCUGAUCCUUCUUGUUUGGAACCAAGUACCAGGGCUUCAGGGUCAGGAGUUCCGAUUUGGGUCUUGCCAAGUGACCGGGGUGGUUCUCCCAGAACUGUGGGAGGCCUUCAGGACUGUGAAGAACACUGUGCAAACUCAGGACAACAUCACAAGCAUCCGGCUGCUGAAGCCGCAGGUUCUGCAGAAUGUCUCGGAUGCUGAGAGCUGUUACCUUGCCCACAGCCUGCUGAAGUUCUACUUGAACACUGUUUUCAAAAACUACCACAGCAAAAUAGCCAAAUUCAAGGUCUUGAAGUCAUUCUCCACUCUGGCCAACAACUUUAUAGUCAUCGUGUCAAAACUGCAGCCCAGUAAGGACGAUGCCAUGCUCCCCAUUAGUGAGAGUGCACAACGGCGGUUUUUGCUCUUCCGCAGAGCAUUCAAACAGUUGGAUAUAGAAGUGGCUCUGGUGAAAGCCUUUGGGGAAGUGGACAUUCUCCUGGCCUGGAUGCAGAAGUUCUACCAGCUCUGA